AUGGCCAACAAACAUGUUACUGUGACAGCUCCUGUCAAUAUUGCCACCCUCAAAUACUGGGGCAAAAGGGACCGUUUCCUCAACCUCCCUACUAAUUCUUCGAUUAGUGUGACCCUUUCCCAAGAUGACCUUAAAACAACAACUUCUGUCUGCUACUCCAAAAACUUUGAAUCCGAUGCACUAUAUUUAAAUGGAAAUGAGGAGUCACUUUCCUCGCCAAGGCAGCAGAGUUGCCUCAAGCUGUUGCGUAAGUGCAGAAUUGAAAAAGAAGAGCAAGAUCCUUCUCUCGACAAAAUAGCGUCUCUACCUUUGCACAUUGUUAGUGUUAACAAUUUCCCAACAGCAGCUGGUUUGGCAUCCUCUGCUGCAGGUUAUGCAGCUAUGGUGUACUCCAUUGCCAAGCUUUACCAGUUGGACUUGGACCGGUCAGAGUUAAGCAAAAUUGCACGUCAAGGAUCAGGUUCAGCUUGUAGAUCUCUAUAUGGUGGUUUUGUCGCUUGGGAAAUGGGAUCCCUUAAUAACGGAUCGGACUCCAAGGCCGUGCAAAUUGCACCUAGAGCACAUUGGCCAGGAAUUAGAGCAGCUAUUUUGGUUGUUUCUGCUGCAAAGAAGGAAGUUCCAUCAACUGGAGGAAUGCAGCUGACCGUCAAGACAUCAGAUUUGUUUGACUAUCGUGUGAAACAGGUUGUUCCAGCUAGAUACGAAGAGAUGAAAAAGGCCAUUCUUGCAAGGGACUUUGGUGUCUUUGCUGAGUUGACCAUGAAGGACUCAAAUUCGUUCCAUGCUGUUUGUUUGGAUUCGUAUCCACCUAUCUUCUACAUGAACGAUACCUCUAAAAGAAUUGUUAAAGUUAUUACUACCAUCAACGAGGCAUAUGGUCGUAAUGUCGCCGCGUACACUUUUGAUGCCGGUCCAAAUGCUGUUAUUUAUUACGAGGAGAAAGAUGAAGAUAUCGUUUUAGGAACGUUGCACGAGUUCUUUGGAUCUGUUCCUGGUUGGGCUAAGAAAUCUGGUAUGAGCUUCAGCGUUCCCCAGAAGUUUCCAAUUGAAAAGUUUGACCAUGAUGUUUUCUCCAAAGGAGUUUCUAGAGUAAUUCUAACAUCAGUUGGUGAGGGUCCAACUCUGGUGUCUGAGUCGAUUCUCAACCCUGACACAGGUCUUCCUAAGCUUUGA